AUGCGGCAUGCAUUUCCCCUCCUCUUCUCCUUUGAUGCAUUUCUUUUCUUCUUAGAUACAGCCAUGGCGACCUUGGAUCUAUCAAAAGACGCGCCAACGGCGCUACUGAUCCUGGGACAGCACCUGGGCAGCAAGAUCACCGUUAACAAGGGUGCCAAGUCGACCGCCUUCAACGCCGACGGAGCUUCCUUCUCAAAGGUGCCUACUGUCAUCAAGUGCCUCGGUCGCUUGGUCGAGCCCAAGCUUGGUGGCACCACCCCCGCUGAACAGACACAGGUGGAUCACUGGGUAGAUGUCGGCAUCAAGAUUGCCGGUACCAAGCAGGGCGAUCUGACCGCACAGUUUAAGGAGCUCGAUGCCCACCUUGCCCGUCGCACUUUCUUCCUGGGCAAUGAGCACGAGCCCUCGCUGGCCGACGCAGCCAUCUUUGGCGGCCUCACCGAUUGUGCCCUGUUUCAUCGCGCGGCUGGUGAGCUGGGUCUGAAGCAUUUGAACCGCUGGAUCCAGACCUGCAGCACCCAGGCUGCCUUCCAAACUGCAUACACUCAGCUUCAAAAGGCCUUGGCCGGUGGUAACAAGGGCAACGCCUCCAAGGGCCGCGCCGAAGGCAAGGGCAAGGGUGCUGCCAAGGACACGCCCCGUGUCAAGCAGGCCGAUCAGGGCAAGUUUGUGGACCUCGAGGGCGCCGAGGACGGCAAGGUCGUGACCCGUUUCCCGCCCGAGGCCAGCGGCUACCUGCACAUUGGCCACGCCAAGGCUGCGCUGCUGAACGAGUAUUUUGCGCGCAAAUACAAUGGCACGCUUCUCAUGCGCUUUGAUGACACCAACCCGGCCAAGGAGAACGCCGAGUUUGAGAAGGUGAUUCUUGAGGACCUGGAGCUGCUGGGCGUGCGCUACGACAAGUUUAGCCACACGUCCGAUCACUUUGAUUACCUCAUUGAGCAGAUUGAGAAGAUGAUCAAGCUGGGCAAGGCUUACGUCGAUAACAGCCCCAAGGAAGUGAUGGCCGAGCAACGCAUGAACAAGCAGAAGUCUCCUUGCCGGGACCACUCGGUGGAGAAGAACUUGGCCAUGUGGGAGGAGAUGAAGGCCGGUACCGAGCUCGGUCAGCAAUGCAUUGUUCGCGCCAAGAUUCGCUACGACGAUAACAAUGGUGCCAUGCGUGACCCGACCAUGUACCGUUGCAAGCCUGAGUCACACAUCCGCACGGGGACCAAGUACAAAGUCUACCCCACUUACGAUUUUGCUUGCCCCAUUGUGGACUCGAUCGAGGGCGUGACGCACGCCCUACGAACCACCGAGUACCACGAGCGUGACCCCCAGUACUACUGGGUCUGUGAUGCGCUUGGCCUGCGCAAGCCCAAGAUCUGGGAUUUUAGCCGUCUGAACAUGGUCAAGACGGUCAUGUCCAAGCGCCAGCUGACCGAGUUUGUCAAGCAGGGCAUUGCCGACGGCUGGUCCGAUCCUCGCUUCCCCACUGUGCGCGGCAUUUUGCGCCACGGCAUGACCCUGGAGGGCCUUCGCAACUUUAUUCUCAUGCAAGGCGCCAGCAAGACGGCCGUGCAGAUGGAGUGGGACAAGAUCUGGGCCGUUAACAAGAAGGUGAUUGACCCCGUGGCUCCCCGUUUCACGGCGCUGGAGCAGAAGGACCUCGUCACCGUGUCGGUGGUCAAUCAGAAGAAGGUGGACGCCAUUGAGGUGCCCCUGCAUCCCAAGAAGCCCGAGUUUGGCUCGCGCAAGGUCGUGGUCGGCCCCAAGAUCUUCCUGGAGCAAGCCGACUGCCGUCUCAUGCAAGAGGGGGAGAAGGUGACGCUCAUGAACUGGGGCAACGCUAUUGUUGAGAAGAUUGAGAAGGACGGGGAGACUGUAACGGCCCUGUCUCUUCGCGUGACUCCCGAGGACACUGACUACAAGAAGACGGCCAAGUACACCUUCCUGGCGGCCGGCGAGGCUGAGGAGUUGGUGACCAUCAAGGCCAUGGAGUACACGUACUUUAUUGACUGCAACUUUGUGCCCAAGGGCGAGGAUGUGACAACGCAUUUGGUGGACAAGAGCGAGUUUGAGAUUGAUCUGGUGGGCACGGCCCAGCUUGCUGAGCUUCAGCCUGGUCACAUUAUCCAGCUCAACCGCAAGGGCUUUUUCAUCUGCGACAAGCCCUACCACAAGCUGCUGGAGAAGCCCCUGACGUUGAUCUAUAUUCCGGACGGUCACGAGAAGACCUUUAUCGCACACCGCGAGGGCGAGGAUAUCACGACAGUGUCGGCUGAUGAGUACAAGGCACUUGAGGACCAAAUCACCAGCCAGCACAACGUCGUCACGGACAUGAAGAAGACCAAGGCUGACAAGAAGGAUAUCAAGGCGGCCGAGGCGCGCCUCAAGGAGCUGCGGGCACAACUCGAGGGCAUGGCGGUCAAGGGCGGCAAGACAGCUUCCUCCGCGGUCCCGGCUGCGGCAGCGGGAGCCGUUGACACCGCUGAGAUUGAGAAGGAGAUUCAGGUGCAAGGCGACAAGAUUCGUGAUCUCAAGGCGAGCAAGGCCAGCAAGGAUGAGCUGAAGCCCUUUAUCGAUCGUCUGCUGUCGCUCAAGGCGGAGUUCAAGCAAGCCACGGGCCGUGACUUUGCUCCUGCUGCCGCCGGUGGCAGCAAGAAGGAGGCCAAGAAGGAAGGCAAGAAAGAGACCAAGAAGGAGGCCAAGAAGGAAGCGGCUCCUGCCGCUUCUACCCCAGUCCAGACCUCCGCUGCCUCGCCCGAAGCAGCUGCGCUGUUGGAGGCCGUGGCAGCCCAGGGCAACCAGGUCCGUGAGCUCAAGUCAAGCAAGGCUGACAAGGCGCUCGUCGAUGAGGCGGUCAAGCAGUUGCUGGCACUCAAGGCUGAGUACAAGACCCUGACGGGUGAGGCCGUGCCUUCGGGUGGUAACGCCCGUGACAGCAAGAAAGAGAGCAAGCCUGCCGAGGCCAAGAAGGAGGCCAAGAAGGACAAGAAGGAGGCCAAGAAGGACAAGAAGGAGGCCAAGACUAAGCCCGUGCAAGAGAAGGGCAAGACUCGCUUGGGCGUUGAGGCCCCCAAGGCCACCGAUCUCUCCGCUUGGUAUUCCGAGGUGAUCAUCAAGUCGGAGCUCAUCGAUUACUAUGACGUGAGCGGUUGCUACAUUCUGCGCCCUUGGGCCUACAGUGUGUGGCAGUCAAUCCAGGAGUUCUUUGACCGCGAGAUUCGUGCUCGUGGUGUGCAAAACUCGUACUUUCCCAUCUUCGUGUCGCAAGCGGCUCUCGAGCGCGAAAAGGAGCACAUUGCGGACUUUGCGCCCGAAGUCGCUUGGGUGACUCGCUCGGGCGAGUCUGAGUUGGAGAAGCCAAUCGCCGUGCGUCCUACGUCCGAGACUGUCAUGUAUCCUGCCUACGCCAAGUGGAUCCAGUCGCACCGUGAUCUGCCCCUCAAGCUGAAUCAAUGGUGCAACGUCGUGCGCUGGGAGUUCAAGCAGCCCACGCCCUUCUUGCGUACCCGCGAGUUCUUGUGGCAGGAGGGCCACACUGCUUUUGCCACCAAGCCGGAAGCCGAUGAGGAAGUGCUGGAGAUUUUGGAGUUGUAUCGCCGUGUCUACGAGGAGCUGCUAGCGGUGCCAGUGGUCCCGGGACGCAAGACGGAGAAGGAAAAGUUUGCGGGUGGUGACUACACGACCACCGUGGAGGCGUAUAUCGGUGCCAAUGGCCGUGCCAUUCAAGGUGCCACCUCGCACCACCUUGGUCAAAACUUUUCCAAGAUGUUUGGCAUCAAGUAUCAAAACCCUGAUAAGCACGACGAGUUUAUCAACGUGUUCCAGAACUCGUGGGGCAUCACGACCCGCACGAUCGGUGUCAUGAUCAUGGUGCACGGUGAUGACAAGGGCUUGGUGCUGCCUCCUCGCGUCGCAAGCAUUCAAGCAAUCAUCAUCCCCACGGGCC